GUUGGCGUCCGCGGGCUUUCUCACGGUGUCAGCUGGUAGCUAGUUUUGGAACAUGCAUUCUAUUAAUACAAGCUAGCAACGUGUGCGCUCUCUCAGUUCGUCUUGUGCAGCUGAACUAUUCUCCCCUUGUAAAAAGAGCUAUGACUUAGGCACAAUUCCAUCCAUGAUUGGUUUCUCAAUCACCCAAGGGAAGAAGACAGGCCGUCGUCGACGCAUGAGAAUGGAUCGCUGACUGUCGGGCUAUUUAUCAAAUUGUUUAAAUAAAAGUUCAUCUAUUUGUUUAUCAUGGCUCGCGCUGCACUCUCGGCUGGCCGUGUGUCCCUUUAUGCCGCCUCUAAUCACCGAAUGAAAUGUUACAAUCCAAGUCUAAUUCGUUAAUAGAGACAAGUGAACCUUAACCUCAAUUAAUCUCAAUCUUAUUUCUUUUUUCCUUUGAUUUUCAGGCUUUAUUAGGAGCGCAAUUGGUUAUUACGCUGAUAAUGGUCAGCGUAAUUCAAAAAUUAGGCUCGCACUUUUCAAUAGCAAAGUGGAUUUUGUGUUCUACAGGACUUAUACGCUACCUGUAUCCAACCGAUCAGGAAUUGAGGAACCUCGUUGGAUUUCCAAAGGACAAACACAAAAAAGGAAAGCACGCAGAGAAUGGAAAAACUCCAGAAACUUUUCAGAUACCGAGAAACUUGGAUAUUACUCUUGACACUGCACCUGUGACUCCUCUUGACAUUAUACACUUGAAAUUUUACUCUGACUUUCAGUGGCUGUUUGACUUCUCUAUUUAUGGCGUACUUGUGUAUAUCAUGACUGAGGUGUAUAAUAAUUGGUAUCCAAUUAAAGACGAAAUCAAUUUGAGCAUGCUAUGGUGUUGCUUGGUCUUAGGAUUUGCAUUUAAAGUUUUAAUCACACUCUGGAUACAAUACUUCAAAGGUGAAGAAAGCAUUGGAGAAAGGUCAACAUGCAUAGUCACUGGAUUUGCCUAUCUUUUGAUAGCCAUGAUGGUCCUCAUAGUGGAUGAGAACACGCUUGAACUAGGUUUAGAUGAUGCUUAUGCAAGUUUUAACCACACGGCAUCUAUCUUUCUAAAGAAUCAAGGUCUUUCAUCAAGUGGUCCAGCAUCAAAACUCAUUGUCAAAUUUGUCUUGGCCGUUUCGUGUGGAUUUGUUGGCUCCUUGUUUACAUUUCCAGGAUUGCGAAUGUCUAAAAUGCAUUGGGAUGCUUUGAAGUAUCACAGAGACAAUAAGCUGCUUCUGCUACUCAUGAAUCUUAGUUACGCAUCUCCACUGAUACUAGCAAGUUUAUGGAUUAAACCAAUAAGUCGAGACUACCUCACAGUAAGAGUUUUUUCUAGUAUGACAAAACCAAUAAUGACGGCUGCUGCUUUCGAGAGUAUGCGAUUAAUUGCCAUAAUUGUUGCUGUUGUUUUGAAGUUACUGUUGAUGCCUACUUAUUUUCAAGCAUACUUAAAUUUGGCCAACCAAAGGUUAGAGGUACAGAAAAAAGAAGCUGGUAGAAUAUCAAAUAUAGAAUUCCAAAAGAAGAUAGCAGCAGUAUUUUACUACCUUUGCGUUGUAGCUCUGCAGUAUAUUGCUCCGUUGAUCAUUUGUUUAUACUGUACAUUAAUGUAUAAAACUUUAGGAGGCUAUAGUUGGGAGGGAUUGUACAAAAACUUAGAUUUAGAGAAUUGCUCAGCACCAGAGCCAUUACCAGAACCAGCGAUUUUCUCAGAAAAUGAGGAAAAGACUGUAGCACAAACAGCUCAAGAGUUUCAUUUGGCUCUGAGUUCAAUAAAACAGAUAUUCACUAUCGAAGUGUUCAGGGGAAUUUUCGGAUUGGCAACCUGGUGGACUUGCUUCACAUUGUUCGCGACUACAGCGAUGGGCAUGCUUUAUCAGAGUUACUUCACGAACGUAUAAACUCUUUCUCGAGGCGGUAAAAUUAGCGUUACUCACUCGCACAACAUUUUCUAUGAUAACUUUUUGAAUCGCUCGUCAAGAGGGCAAAAAAAUCACCAAGUGCAGCAACGCAUCAAAUUUUUUUAUACAAAGCAGACGUUUAAAGCAAACCGCUGUAGAUAAGAAGCCUAAGAGAAAAGUGAUGCCAAUCGUGGCGUGUCCAUUGAAGUGCGCGCGCGAUACUCAUUUAGAGAUAAUAAUUGUUUAACGACGAUAUUUAUUUUGGUAUUUGUCACGUCGAGAUCUACUGUAAAUAAUCGUGUGUUUUUAUCAAUGACGUUGAAUCUCCUAUAUCAGCGAGCCAAAAAAGAUACUCUGCGAGUCUUUCCUAUCUAAUAAGCGUUAAAUCCGUAAGCAUUAUAGACGAGUGAAAAAAGGCAAGCGUCGACGCUUGCGCGCAAUGAGAAUCAAAUCUGUAACAAUAAAAGUUUGCAAAACU